AUCCAAACGGCAGACGCUAUUUCUAGAAACAAUAAUAAAUUAGCAUUUUUAUUUAAUUUGUGAAAACAAAGAGAGCCGCGAAUAUGUCGCGGUUGCUAGUUUUUUGUUUCUGUGUGCUUCAAUUGGGACUACUCGUCAAUGCCACUGGUCUGUACACGAUAAUCGCGCCUGGGACCAUACGAUCAAACUUUAAAUAUAAUGUGGCUGUGUCUGUUCACAAGGCCGAGGGCAAGAGCACCAUAAAGGUGGGCCUCACUGGACCGUCCUACAAUGAAACAAAGGAGGUGCAGCUGCAGCCCAUGUCCACGGAAAAUGUUGAGUUCGAUGUGCCGAAACUAGCGAGCGGCGAUUACAAUUUGACGGCCGAUGGCAUCGAGGGUGUCAUCUUUAAGAACUCGACUAAGUUGGACUAUGCCGAUAACAAGCCAUCAAUAUUCAUACAAACUGAUAAGGCCACGUACAAGCCGGCGGAUCUAGUGCAGUACCGAGUGCUGUUUCUGGAUGAGAACACGCGACCUGCGGCGAUUGAUAAGCCAAUCACAAUUGUCAUCAACGAUGGAGAACAAAAUCGCAUCAAGCAACUGACUGAUGUUCAAUUGACCAAGGGCGUCUACACGGGAGAGCUGCAGCUGUCGGAGCAGCCGGUGCUGGGCACAUGGAACAUCGCAGUUAACAUUGCCGACGACAGUGCUGAAAGCAAGUCCUUUGAGGUGGCCAAAUAUGUGUUGCCCAAGUUCGAGGUAGUUAUCGAAUCAGCCAAGGACGUCGCUGUUCAAGAUGGUGUAAUUAAGGCCACAAUUCGUGCCAAAUAUACAUAUGGCAAGCCGGUGAAGGGCAAGGCCACUGUUUCGCUGGAAUCAGACUUUAACUACUAUAGACCGUUCAACGCUGAUUCGAAAGGGAUGAAAACUAUCGACAUCGACGGAAAAGCUCAUGUUGAAUUCCCAAUUGAUAACUCAGCUUACGGCCUAGGGUAUACGCCGCCCAUGAAAAUCUUUGCGGAAGUUACGGAAGAAUUGACGGGCAACAAGCAAAAUGCUUCCACAGUUGUCACUGUGCAUUCGCAGCGCUACAAAAUCGAGGCAGUCGACACUGUGACUAACUACCAUCCAGGCAAGUCGUUCGUCUAUGAGUUUGUAGUCAAAAACUUGGAUGGCUCCCCUGUGCAAGGUGGCUCGAAAAAGGCUAAGCUGACAUUCGAGGCGCCUCACAGAUAUUUCCACAUUGACCGAUCCGACGACUUACCCGAACUCAAAAGCGUUGAAUUAGAGGCUCCAUUGAACGAGAACGGUAUUGCCAGCUUCACCGUCGUCUUGCCCUCAAACGAAACUCGUUUCUAUAAUGUAAAGGGGUCCUAUGGCGACUCGAACUCUUACCUGGGCUCCAUCCAUAAGUUCCAACCUACUGUUGAAUCUGCUGAGCCGCUCCAAAUUAGUGUUAACACCAAAACUCCCAAAUUGGGUAAAGAUGUUUCCUUCAACGUGAAGUCAAACGAGCAAAUUCCAUAUUUCGUCUACGCGAUUAUCGCUCGAGGAAAUAUUGUUAAGGCUGAACACGUCGAUGUCCCAGAAGGACGCAAGGUGCACACCAUCAAAUUUACACCCACAUUUGCGAUGGUUCCACAGGCCUCGAUUUAUGUUUAUUUUAUCUUUGACAACGAGUUGCGUUUCGAGGAGCGAACAGUUGACUUCGAGAAGGAUUUCGACAACUCGAUCGAAAUCUCUGCUCCAUUGGAGGCCAAGCCCAGUGAGGAAGUCAAGCUGAAAAUCAAAACAGACGCCGACUCGUAUGUGGGUCUGCUGGGCGUCGAUCAAAGUGUGCUGCUGUUGAAGUCUGGCAAUGAUUUGGUUCGUGAUGCAGUGUUCAACAGCCUUAAUAAGUACAAAACAGCUACACCGUGGCAGACGGGAUAUGGCCGCUACCCAGGACAAGCAUCCGGCUUGGUCACCCUCACAAAUGCCAAUUAUCCAUACAACUUCGGUUAUAUACUUUAUGGGAUGGCCCUACCCUUAUAUAGACCUUCCAUUGUCCUGUAUGCCAUGUCAGGUGAAAUCGGAAUGGCAGGAUCGGCUUUGCCAGUGAGAACCAAUCUUUAUGCGGCAAACAUGCCUGCGGUUCCCUCAGUUCGCAAAGAAUUUCCAGAAACUUGGCUGUUUGUUAACAAAACAACUGAUGAUGCUGAGGGCUUUACUUUGGUUAAAAAGAUACCGGACACAAUCACGUCUUGGGUUAUCACUGGAUUUUCUUUGAACCCAAGAACAGGCAUUGCUCUAACCCAGAAUCCAAGCAAGAUUCGAGUCUUUCAGCCAUUCUUUGUGUCUACCAAUCUUCCCUACUCGGUGAAGCGCGGUGAGGUCAUUGCCGUACCCGUUAUUAUUUUCAACUACAUGGACAAGGCACUUGACGCUGAGGUUACAAUGGAUAAUUCAGACAAGGAGUUCGAGUUCACUGAGGCCACAAACGAGGUUGAGGAGAAGUCAAUAGAUGACGUUAAGCGAGUGAAACGCGUUACCAUACCAUCCAACAACGGCCAGAGUGUCUCAUUUAUGAUACGCCCCAAUAAAGUGGGAUCGAUUACGUUAAAGAUCACAGCCACAACUCCAUUGGCAGGCGAUACGAUUCACCAGAAAUUGAAGGUAGAACCGGAAGGUGUCACUCAGUUCGAGAAUAUGGCCGUGUUCGUCAAUCUAAAGAAUCAAACUGAAAUGAGCCAAGAGCUGAAUGCCAACAUACCCCCCGAAGCGGUUCCAGAUUCUGAAUUUAUUGAGUUCUCCGUAGUCGGCGAUCUGCUGGGUCCCACCAUAAAGAACUUGGACAGUUUGGUACGCAUGCCGUAUGGCUGUGGUGAGCAGAACAUGGUUAACUUCGUGCCUAAUAUUCUGGUCGUCAAAUACCUGGAAGUCACCGAUCGCAAAAUGCCCAGUGUCGUGGCCAAGGCCAAGAAGUUCCUCGAAAUCGGAUACCAGCGUGAAUUAACGUAUAAGCACGAUGACGGCUCCUACAGUGCUUUCGGCAAGUCCGACAAGUCGGGCAGCACCUGGUUAACUGCGUAUGUUGUGCGCUCCUUCCAUCAGGCUGCCAACUACACGGAUGUCGAUCCAGCGAUAAUAAUUCAGGGCCUGAAUUUCCUCGUAUCGAAACAGAAAGCGAACGGCGAGUUUCCCGAGGUUGGCAAAUUGUUUGACAAUGCUAAUCAGAACGCCUUGGGACUCACAUCGUUUGUGCUCAUUGCGUUCUUUGAAAAUCAAGAAUUUACGGAUAAAUCAGAAUUUCAGCAAGCGAUUCACAAGGGUCUCCAGUAUGUCGCUGAAGAGGUGGAUAAAACAGAUGAUCAAUACUCCCUGUCGAUUGCAGCUGUUGCUCUGCAGUUGGCCAAACAUCCUCAGGCGAAAAAGGUUUUAGCCAAGCUUCAGAGCCUCGCUAAGAUGGAGGAUGGCCGUAAGUGGUGGUCGAAAUCGACUGAAAAGCCGACCACUGAGAUAAACAGUAUUCGCUAUUGGCGUUCCAGCAGCAACGAUGUCGAAAUUACGUCUUAUGUGUUGAUGGCCCUCUUAGAGGAGGAGGGGGCUGAAGAUUCUCUACCAAUCAUCAAGUGGCUGAUUGCUCAGCGUAACAGCAAUGGUGGCUUUUCCUCUACACAGGAUACAGUCAUUGGACUGCAAGCGCUGACCAAGUUUGCCUUUAAGACCGGCUCAGGCACUGGCAACAUUGACAUCGACUUUGCAUCUUCCAAUGACGACAACAAGGGUACUAUUAAAGUGAAUCCAGAAAAUUCCCUUGUACUUCAGAGUCAUAUCUUACCAAAGAGCGCACGGAAGAUUAAUUUCACCGCCAAGGGCCAAGGCUCAGCAAUGGUUCAGUUGUCGUACCGAUAUAAUUUAGCUGAAAAGGAUAAAAAGCCUAGUUUUAAGGUAACGCCCACUGUCAAGGACACGCCCUUGCAGCAAUUGACCCUCGAGGUUUGCGCUGAGUUCGUACCUCUCGAGACGAGCGACCAGAAGAAGGACUCCAACAUGGCCGUUAUGGAAAUAGCUUUGCCUUCAGGUUACAUCAGCGACUCGGAUAGCUUUGGCAAAAUUCAGGAAGUUGACAGAGUAAAGCGUAUCGAAACAAAGAACUCAGACUCUACGGUGAUUGUCUACUUUGACAGCCUGACGCCCGGUGAUGUUAAGUGCGUACCUGUGGAAGGUGUUCGUGCACAUUCUGUAGCCAAGCAAAAGCCAGCCGCUGUUUCCCUUUACGACUACUACGAAACGGAUCGACGUGCUACCGAGUACUACCAGGUGAAGUCCUCCCUUUGCGACAUCUGUGAAGGUUCAGAUUGUGGUGCUGGAUGUAAGAAGGAGAAAUAAUGAUUAGCCCGUUCGUGCUCUAGCGUUUAGCGACUAUUUAAAUAGAGCUCAAUAAAAACUAAGUAAUGUGCAUUAUCAAUUGUAAUAUUUACCAAUUUACUGACACCUACUAAAGGACUAAAAAUUAAAUUGUAAAUUUUUUGAUCCAAAAA